CUCCAGGAGUCUGACUAGCAGGGGUAGGUUUCAGUCGGGCUACAGGAGGAAUAUGCAAAAGUAGUCAAACAAUAAGCAGGGAACGAUUUUUGACUUUUGGCUCAAGAUUCAAUAAUGUCUCCCACUACUGGUAAGUCGCCGAAGCAACCACCGCGACUGUACGAUGCCAUCGUUGGCGUGUGCAGCGGUCGCCCUUGCGGGAGCGAUGGCCGUCGCGACCGCAGCAGGUGAAAUCACGUACAAGGCUGCAGUCGCCCAGGUUUUUCAAGAUUAUGGCGUGUCAGUUGUUGAGGACUACGCCCAGCGUGCUUCCGCGAAUGGUGUUCAAAUUCUAGUCUUUCCCGAGAAUGGCCCCGACGACGCGGAGUGGCCGUAUCCCGAUCCAGACAAGAAUCUGUGUGACCCAGAUGAUCUGGGGACAGUUAGCCGUCUGGCGUGCAUUGGGAGGACAUACAACAUAUAUCUGGUUUUUCAGAGCAACGAUGUUCAGCCGUGCAAUUAUGUGGCGCCAGGUCUUUGUUGGCAGACGCAAACGCCAGAAGGUGGGAUUCGACCUUCGUACUACUUCGACGCGACCGAAGUCAUCGCUCCGAAUGGCGCUCUAGUGACCAAGUAUUACAAGCACACGCUGUUUCAAGGCACGUCGAAUGGGCUUACGCAGACGGUCCCAGAACUCAGUGAGUAUUUUAACGCCACUGGGGUAUUCGAAGCGUUUGGUGUCAAAUUCGGUGUAGUAAUUUGCUUCGACUUAACCAACCGGGAUCUGCUAACGUCCUACGCCAAUCAGGGCAUCACCGAUAUCGUCUUUUCCAAUACGUGGGACGAUGGCGAUGCGCUACAGACCAUGGCAAAUUUCAUGGCAGGUGUGUCUUUCUCGUAUGGCUUCAACGUUAUUGGUGCUUCCACCUCACUGGCUUCGUCUGGCUCGGGGCUCUACUCCAAUGGGGACAUCUUGAAUGUGAGUUUCAGGCCGGGGUGUGUCCCACUCAUCCUUGGCAUUAGCCCACCACACGAUUCGUCAGCAGAUUGCAACGACCUCCUCAUCGGCGACAUGAUUUCUCCACCCCUUGGCGCUUCGCGAGGUCGACGCGUCCCAGAAAGCGUCGACGCCAGCACUGAGAACCUGCAGUCUGCAUUGUGGCCCAAGGUGGCCGACGUUGAGGAUUGCCUGGGCAUUGUGGUGGAGCCAUUCCUGAGGAUGUUCGUGGACGGCAUGGGGGAGACCUCGCCUGCUGAACUUUUUGGGCCUGCUGCGUCAUACACGAAUCCAAAGGUGGCCGAGUUGGUGGAUUCGGCUGGUUUCGCUGGUAAGUGUCUGCGGCUGAAGUCUCCUGGCGUCGGCAUUUGGAACAGCACGAUCCAGACAGCCGAUGGGGUGGCAUCCUGUUCGGUCUCUGCGCACGUGACUCGCGCCGCGUCGAAAGAGAGCAAGGUGACUUACUUGUUGCGAACGUUCAGCGGGAAGGCUUACAUAUCCGGCACACCUUGCCCUUUGGCCGUCAGCGUAUGCGUGCUGUCCCGGUGUCUCAGCUUUGAUGGAAACAGUGUGCAAUGUGAAACCAUCGACUUCUCUGGGAUAUCAACACCUCCCGAAAACCUGGCAGAGUUCAAGGUCGUUCAGCUGACCAGCUCUUUCCCUGCGGGAACUCUUGCCUUUCCGAUGAUGGCAUCGGGUCAUGAUCUGCAACCGGUCGCGCCCACAAACCUCUCCUUGCAGGGGCCGUGGAAGGCGAGCGCCAUAACAGGUGCUACACAGCAGCCCACCACUAUAGCGGCCGGCGAUGGCGCUUUGGCUGGGGGCACCUUCGGCUUCAUAUCGAGCUUCGGUGCAUCCCCGGUGCAUUGGCCCAGCGACUGCAAUAACUGUUUCUCUCCGUAUAGCAUGUGCGACAGCUCAGAAGCAUUUGCCCAGGGUCCCCUCAGGGAGCUGAUGCAAUGCCCCCCCACGUCAGAGCAAGUGCCGAGUUGCUCCGCUGGGGACGAGGCGUGCAAGUACGAGGGCCACGGCUGUCAGCUCGAAUGCAUGGAGGUCGAAGGCCUGGAAGAGUGCAACAAGCCGUGCUGCGACCUCUUCCAGGAGGCCCUGGAGGAGCUCAACGCGAACGGCUCCUCCACCCCCGGCGCGGGACCCGCCUGCGGCGCGGCCAUGGCGAAGGUCCGGCUCCAGUGCGAGUUCUGCUUCCUCUGCAAGCCCUUCGUCGGCCCUCUGGCAGCAGCAGCAGCCGCCGCCCCGCCUGCAGGUGCCGCCGCCGCCUACAGGUCAACGCCUCGACUGUACUCCGUGGCCAGUGGCCCGCCGCGGCCCGGGCUGUGGCCCACGGGCCCCGCGGCGGGCGCCGCCGCGGCGCUCGGGGCCGCCGCGGUGCUCGCAGGGGCCGCGCUGGCGCUCCGGCGCCGGGGCGCGGCCGCGGCGGCGGCGGGCGCCUGGGCGCGGGAGGAGAGCGCCCCGAUCACUGCUGCCGAGAGCUGAUCUGGACGCCCGAAAUGGGCACGCAUCUAACGUCCCAGGCCAUCCGAUAUCAAGCAAAGCUGAUAUUAUCAGCUCCAGGGGGUUCGGUCCCCUGCUUCUGGCUCAUCUUCCUCCUCCUCCUCCUGCUCCUCUUCCCCAUGCACGGAAAUACCCAGGUUUUUUGUGUUCUCAGGCCAAGGUUCUUUACACGGGCUUGCCUGUUGCAGGUCGGCGUGGCGCCCCUGGCUUGCCUGGCGUCUCUCUGGCUCGCACAUAGGCAUCGAUAGCAGAAGCAUCGAGCGUAGCGAAGCUAGCGCAACAAAUAACGGCCCGCACUCAUCCAUUGUUGCAAGCGCGGUGGCGGAUGGUCGGGACCGUGCUUGGUCCGAGCCUGUCUCGGGCGUGAGCAUUGGCCGACGCCCCACGGGGCGCUGACAUUCUGGCUGGCCAGCCUCGCCCGCCGCCUCCCAUUUCAUCCCCUCCCCGCGCCGCUACCAUGACGACAGCGAUGACCGGUCCUUCCAUAUUUAUUCCGCAAGCGCACGGGGCAGCCAGACCAUCACUGGUGACGCAGUGCCUGCGACCUGUGUGUCUUCAAUGCGACUAUAUAGGCGAUGCCGAUAGCCUUCCUUGAUGUUCAGUGCCCGUUCCCCCCCUUUGUGGGCGUCUCGGGGGCCUCUGGACGCAUCUUUGGAGGGUCUCUGGCGUUUGGUCGCCCUCGGGGUGCGGGGCGCGGGGCGCGACCUGACCCGUCUGGGCGGCCUCUUGGGCCAGAUGCCCUUCUGUGCCUGCUGCCUGCUUGCAGCGGAGAUGUGAUCCUCGCGCGCCGUGAGGGUGGAUCACCGCAUGCGGGUCAUCACGCCAGCGAGAUCGUUUGCAAGACAGCGCACCAGUCUUCGGGUAUGUCUGUUCGUGGUGACUCUUUGUCCAGCGGCAAGGCCCAAACCCUUGGCUCUUGCACUGCUGCCAGGGAGGGCAUGUGGGGUCCACAUUGUUCUCUUGUGAGGUGUUGAGACUCGUGCUGUAUCCUGAUGGCCUUCUGCCCAACAC